CGACCGGAAAUGAAAUUCCUGGCUUCAUGAUCCUUGUGUGCGCUUCGGACAAGGGGGUGCAUGGGUGAAACAUGGCCGCCGCAGACCCAUACAAGACUCCGAGUCGACAGAAAACCCCCGCGGAGGAUGUGGAAACAUCUGGGGAGCAGGCCGCGGCGGCGGGGUCGGGAUGCGGCCCGGGCCGGACGGAUGAGGCGGCGGGCGACAAAACCGGGGGGUGCCCCGACGGCGAGGAGGACGCGGGCGGCAACGGCGGCGGCGUUGCCAGCCAUUCUGGGGAGGUUGGUGUCGAGUCCGGUGCCGCCGGAGCAGCAGCAGCAGCAGCAGACAAAACGACAUGCGUCUCACCGGAGGACCGAGCGGCGGCCGAAAAAAUGGCCGAGGCCCUCGACGGCGGCCGGCAGCGGGCUUUCGACUGGUCAGAGGCGGAGGACGGCGAGGAGGGGGCGAGGAGGUGCACGACGGGAAACGCUGAAAGUGGCCUCAAAGUCGCUGAGACUGUUAAGGAUGCGAGGAAGAACGCGGCUGCCGUAGCAGAUCCAGAAAAGAUGGCCGAGGGGGGAAGUUCCCCGGAGAAGUCGCCAGUCGAGGAGCUGGGGGGCGACGUCGUCACCACGGAGGACGGGGCGGACGAUGACGACGGAGACGAGGAAGAGGAGGAGGCCGAUCAGACGGCCAAACAGAGGAAGUUCCGCCUGGUGUGCAAGGAGUGCGGCAAGAUCUUCAGGCAGCGCGAGAUGUUCAACCUCCACCGGCACUUCCACGCGCACGAGGACGAGCUGCGGCCCCUGACCUGCAAAGAAUGCGGCCUUACGUUCCAGCACCGCAGCAGCCUCAUCAAGCACAGGAACGAACACAAGGAAAAAGAGGAGACGGCAAAGACGGAGGACGAAACGCGCAGCCCCUUCAGAUACCAGUGUGCCGAAUGCAAGAGGAUCUUCUCCGCGGUCGGCAAGCUGAGGGACCACAGCUGCAGCAACGCCUCAGAAAAGCCUUACCACUGCCCUCUGUGCCGCCAGGAUUUCCAGUUCAAGGUGUCCGUCACCAAGCACAUGAUGACCCACUCCCAGGAGUGCGCCUUUAAAUGCAACGAGUGCAGCCAGACUUUCCCCAACGCCAUGUCCCUGCGCUUCCACCAGAAAUCCCACGCCGCCCUCAAGCCGUACGAGUGCCCCGAGUGCGGCAUGGUCUUCAAACACUACUCCGUCAUGGAGGACCACCGGCGCAAGCACGUCGACGGCAGCCGCUCUCACCUCUGCAACAUCUGCGGCAAGACCUUCAAGUACAGCAGCCUCCUCCAUCAGCACCAGUACCUGCACACGGGCCAGAAGCCUUUCCGCUGCCCCGAAUGCGGCAAAACCUUCGCCUUCGCCCAGAACAUGAAGGCGCACUGCCGCCAGCACAGGCUGCGCGACACGAACUCGUCGAGCGAGCCGCCCGCGAAGCAGCCUGCGCCGCCGCCUGCGCGCGAGGCGGCGGAAGGUCCCGGGAAGGAGAACUCCCACGGCAGCGAGGAAACAAAGCGCCUCCUCAGCUGCCCUCUCUGUCCCCAGACGUUUUACGUCGCAGCCAACCUGAGGGCUCACAUGCAGCUCCACGAGGAGGAGUGCGAGAAGGCGGAGAGGACGCCUCCGUCUCCGGCGCCGACCAACAAGCACUGGGACAAGGGGCACCGCUGCCCCCACUGUCCCUGCGUUUUUCGGGACGAGUCCAGCCUAACCAGACACGUGUUGAGCACCCACAGGUCAGCGGCGCCGAAAAAGCAGCUGGCCCAGCUGAGCAGCGAUAACGCGCAGGCGAAGGCGCUAAGUGUUAAAUCCUACAAGUGUUCGGAGUGCGGCAAGACGUUCCGGCACCGCUCGGUGCUGGAGCUGCACAUGCGGAUCCAUUCCAAGGACAAGCCGUACCAGUGCAACGUGUGCGGCAAGGGCUUCCGCUUCAGCAGCUACCUGCAGCAGCACCUCAUCAUCCACACGGGCAAGAAGCCGUACAAGUGCCCCGACUGCGGGAAGGACUUCGCCUUCAUGCAGAACAUGAGGACUCACCAGAAGCUGCACCAGGAGAAGCCGUUCCGCUGCACCAGCUGCCGCAAAGGCUACAGCGACGAGACGCAGCUGCAGCACCACAUGCUGUCGCACAACGGCGACAAGCCGCACAAGUGCGACCUGUGCGAGAAGAGCUUCGGCCUGGCCUACCUGCUCCGCGACCACAUGAACACGCACACGGGCGAGAGGCCUCACCGCUGCGAGGAGUGCCACAAGUCCUUCUCCUGGUUCAGCAGCCUGCUGGUGCACCAGAAGAUCCACGCCCGCAAGAAGCAGGCCCUCAGCCACUACGGCUCCUUCCCCGCCGGGGCCAGGGUGAGGGGCCGGGGGAAGAGAGGCGGGAGGCCCGUGUGGGGCUGGUCCAGACCGUCCGGCGUCUCGGAGAUGGCCGCUUCUCAGCAUCACCUGUAUCCGGUUUCUCCCCACAGAGACGCCGAGCUGCACAGACACCAGCAGUCCUCUCUGUCCGGCAUGGAGCCGCAGACGAGGCAUCCGGGCGAGGCGUGGCCGUCCAAGCCGCACGCUCAGCCGCUGCAGUGGAGCGGCGACGGCAGAGAGGUGUCCGCACCACCCGCGCAGCACCACCCUCCGCCGCCGCCGCAGUAUGACGCUCCGACGCAGCAGCAGCUUCAUCAUCAGAGGAGUCCGGGGUGGGCGGAUCGGCCCCUGCUGGGCCCCGGAUUGGCCCCCAACCUGGACUCCCAAAUGAAGGAAAGCCCUUCUGCUGUUCUGGCCUCUCAUUUGCCCAGAAAGUCCAGCCCGUCAGUGGCGACCGAGAUGGCGCAGCACCGGCAACAUAAGUUCACAUCAUGGGGCGGCACGCCCACGUCCGCAGCCCUGGCCUCCACCAGCUCCCUGCAGCACGAUUUCUCCGUCCCCUCCUCCUACAUGGACGGAGCGGCUCUGUGGAGCGUCCGGCCCGCGCCGCUGACAAACUCUCAGAGCUCGCCGAGCAAGCUCAGCCAAGACAUGCAGCUGCUGAGGUGGCCGGGCGGCCCCGAGCCGUCCACGCCCCCCAAGAAGGAGGAAAGGCUGUGGGACAUCAGCAGUCCUCCGGUCAUGUCCUCCACUGUUACCCAGCCGGAGAAGUCGUGGAACGGCUGCGAGCCGCAGAAACCGUGGGCUUCUGGCCUCGCGGGCCCUCCCGCCUCGGCUCCGUUAGACCAAAGCAGCGCCAUGCCCAUUUCAGCCCCCACCUCCCACGGAGUCACGAACAACCUGUGGGACAUCCAAACCCCUCCAGGGAUCGCGAAGGCUGUGAACUCGGUGGAGAAGCUGGUGAACAACCAGGAGUUCCAGCUGCAGCAGAAGCAGGUGUCGCCCGUCUGGAGCGGCGUGCAGACCCCCACGCAGAAGGUGCCCAUCUCCAUCCAGUACGAGCCGCAUCGCUUCGGCCAGGGCAUGGGCGCGCCGGUGUGGGGCUUCCAGAACAACUCCAUCGGACCUCAGACUCUGCUCCCCGGCCAGCUGAAGCCCGGCGGCGGGCAGGAGCUGCCGCAGCAGCCGAUGGCCACGGCCGCUCAGAUCAUCAUAAACCAGCCUUCGCCGUUCUUCUCGCCGCCGCUCGCGCCGCUCCCUCCCCUCGCCUUGCCCAGCCCUCACCCCCUCCACUCGGUGGCGGUCGGCGGCAUGCCCCGGCCCCCGCACCCGAACAUCUUCUUCACGCCGCAGCCGGUCAUGAGCGAGAGGCCGCACCUGCCGCAGACCCUGUCCCUACCUCAGCUCCCCCCGCAGACCGAGCCUCACAAACUGGGAUCCCGGCUGCCUUUCGCCCCGGAGCGGCUCCUCCACUGCAUGAUAUGCGGACUCUCCGUUCCCCGGGAGCUGGAUCUACAGAUGCAUUACCUGCAACAUGCGAAGGGGGAGAUAUGACAUUUCUACACUAGUAACAAAGCUUAGUUAUGUUUUUAUAAUGGUUUGUCAGGAAAACCUCAUUCGUUUGACACUUUGCCGUGCUGUUGAGUGGAUGGAAGUCACAAUAAAAAGAGAUAUAAGUGAAACCC